UCCCGGAUGCUGUGCCGUUGAGCUAGCUGCGGGGAGGAUGCGUUGGUUGGCGCUCUCGUUCAUCUCGUUAUGGAUUUGCGCUCUUUAUUGCGCCGCCGGCGACAACACCGGCGUUAAAAAGAUGAAGAUGCAGUUCGCGACGGGGCCGCUGCUCAAGUUCCAGAUUUGUAUCUCCUGAGGGUACAAGCGGGUGUUUGAGGAGUACACGCAGGCUUUGUACCAGCGGUACCCAGACAUCCGCAUAGAGGGGGAGAACUAUCUUCCUCUGCCUGUUUACAGGUACAUUGCUUCCUUUCUGUCUGUUUUCAAACUGCUGUUGAUCGGAGUGAUCGUCGUAGGGAAGGACCCGUUCGCCCUCUUCGGUAUGCCGACUCCAGGACUUUGGCUUUGGAGUCAAGAGAAUAAGGUAUACGCCUGCAUGAUGGUGUUCUUCUUCAGCAAUAUGAUUGAAAAUCAGUGUAUGUCUACGGGUGCUUUUGAGAUCACACUCAACGAUGUUCCAGUGUGGUCCAAGCUGGAGUCCGGCCACCUGCCCUCCAUGCAGCAGCUGGUGCAGAUCCUGGAGAACGAGAUGAAGAUGAACGUGCACAUGGACAGACUCCCACACCAUCACUCGUAACCCUUCCUCCUCCCCACUGCCUGGAGCCUAGGACUCCUCCAUUUUUGAGGUGGGGCUCUCCUACGGUUGCGAGGCGACGUUUAUGAAGGUUUGUGCUGAAAGUAGUGGAUCUACUAGCGCAGGCCGGAUGUCCCGCUCGCUCCUCGCCACACCCCCCGGAGACGCCCGCCUACAGAUACCGGCUUGGGGUCCACGGCAACAGCGGUGGCCGUUUGUUACUACUGAAGCCCACAUGCUGUGCAAUAACCUUUCAGUUCAGGAUUAACAUAUACGUAGAUUUUGGUAAGAGAGAAUCUGCACUGAAGCACAUCUGUGUAGUUCGUGUUGAGCUCCUUCAAGCGUUACUGCCACUGACGGAAUCUUGGGGAGUCUCUCCACUUCCACCUUUUAACGCUCAUUGUAUGGCUAAAACAUGGUCUUUGCGUACUUUCAUAAGAGAUUGAAGACGACGUGUAACUUAUUCAACUGACCCAGUCAUGGCUGUUUAACAUUAGACAGAUUGUGGGUUGUUUUAUUGACCUCCUGUAAUUUUUGUAUUCGUUUCUAUAGCCAACCAUGUUAACUGAGAGGAUAAUAAAAUUAAUUCUAACAAAGGUGA